AUGAAGGCAGCAGUAUUGCGAGAAGUGAACCAACCGGUGGUGAUUGAGGACGUGCAGGUGGACGCUCCGGCGUCCCGCGAAGUGCUGGUGCGUACCGGAGCAUCAGGCGUGUGCCACAGCGACCUGCACUUUGUGGAAGGUUUGUACACGACGCCAAUGCCAUGCGUCCUGGGGCACGAGGCGGCUGGCAUUGUGGAGGCGGUGGGAGAUCAGGUUGGCUACGUGAAGCCGGGCGAUUCGGUCAUCAUGUGCCUCUCGGUGUUCUGCGGUAUCUGCGAAUACUGCAUGCGCGGCCAACCUUACCUGUGCACCAAGACUGCCGUGACCCGCGGCGCGAACGAUCCGCCCAGGCUGCGUCGGGACGGUGAGGCGAUUACCCAGUUCGCGCAGCUGGGCGCGUAUGCUGCCGAAAUGCUGGUGCAUGAGAAUGCUCUGGUCAAGGUGGACAAUGACAUACCGUUCCCCCAACUGGCGCUGAUUGGAUGUGGCGCUACCACCGGACUGGGCGCGGUGCUGAACACGGCGCAGGUUGAGCCGGGGAGCACCGUGGCGGUGGUGGGUUGCGGCGGCAUUGGCAUUCACUGCGUGCAGGCGGCGGCGCUUGCCGGCGCGUUGCGCAUCAUCGCCGUCGAUACCACCGAGGACAAGCUUUCGCUGGCCCGGGAGUUCGGCGCAACGGAUGUGAUCGACGCCAGUUCGGGCAACGUGGCGGAACGCAUCAUGGACCUGACCGACGGCGGCGUUGACUAUUCCUUCGAGGCCAUCGGACUCAAGCAGACCGCCGAGGACUGCUACAACAUGCUGCGUCCCGGCGGCGUCGCCACCAUCAUCGGUAUGGUACCGGAGGGCGUGAAGAUCGAGAUUGACGCCGGCAACUUCCUGCGCCGAGGCGCGCCAUCCAGGGUUGCACCAUGGGAUCCAACCGGUUCCGCACCGAUAUGCCCCGGUACAUGGAGUUCUACCGGCAGGGCCGCCUCAAGCUGGACGAACUGGUCAGCCAAGAACUGGCGCUGUCAGAAAUCAACAAAGCCUUCGCCGACAUGA